AUGGCAUCUGAAGACGCCAGGUACCGGCAGACCAGCCAGUACAGGCUAUGGUCGUUCUCACCUGCUCAACUAGCCUCUGUCCGUGAGCAAACCAACUCGCUCGCCCGCACAAACAUCACAAACCGCCUCAAGGCCUCCUCACCACCCGUCGACCCGCUGCCCGACUUCCUCACGCCCGACGAAGAGCUGACACUGCUCACCUUCUACACGGUCGAGACGCUGCGCGCCGCGACGCACUUCAAGCUGUCUACCGACAUCCGCGCAACGGCGGCCAUCUUCCUGCGGCGCUUCUACACGACCAACUCGAUCAUGACAUAUCCACCGACCGAACUGCUCAAGACGUGCGUCUUCUUCGCUUGCAAGGCCGAGGGCCACUUCAUGCGCCUGCAGAAGUUUGUCGACGAGCUGCCCAACACCACUGGCGAGUCUGUGCUUGCCGCGGAAUACGUGCUUUGCCAGGCGAUCCGCUUCGCAUUUGAUGUCAAGCACCCUUUCCGGGCCCUGGAUGGAGCCAUCAUGGAGCUUCGCCGGUAUGCCAUCUUCGCCGAGGACAGGUUGAAUCACGCACACAUGAAUGCUCGUGGCAUUCUCAAGUUCAGCCCGCUAGUCACGGACGCGUAUUGCCAUUUCACACCGAGCCAGAUCAUGUUUGGUGCUCUGGCCAUUACGGAUCGCGAGCUCGUGGAGUACAUGAUGAACCAAGUAAUGAGCGGCCAGAGCGACGACGAGAAGGAGAAGGUGUGGACGGUCAUCAGUCAAUGUGUAGAAACAUUGCAAAAAGAACCUCCUGAGCGAUUCGAGAAUUACUACCGCUCGCCAGAAUGCAGCAAGGCCAUGAAGCCUCUGAUACGCAAGCUCAAGAAGUGCCGCGACCCAGACCGGGUAGAUCUUGUCGCACUCCAGAGAGCUCGCAAGGAGCAGGGCAUGCAGAAGCCGAAGCCCAAACCAGCCGCAAAAGCAGACGGCGACGUCUUUGGCAGCGCGCUGUCAGAGAAGGAUCGUGAGGCGAAGCGACGCCGGGUCGUGGAGAACGGCAAAGGAGUUUCGCAGUCCAAUGAUCCCUUUGGCGGCGCUCUAUGA